UGAGAGUUUUAUGGCUUUUAAAAAAGCAAGAGCAAAGUGCUCUAAAGUAUUAUACAAGGAGAAAAAAAAGGGUUGGAGACGGAUUUCACCAGAAGUUUAGAAGAGAUGAAACAAGAUGACCUCAGUGGCGAUUCUACGAUAGAGAAUAUUGACUUUCCUAUUACAUACAACGAACUUGAUUUAGCCAUUAGUCAUUCCAACAAGAAAUCGGCCCCGGGCUUGGAUCGCAUUGGCUAUAAUAUCAUCAACAAUCUCUCCAACGAAUUCAAGAAUCUCUUAUUGGAGCUUUUCAACAGUUUUCUAGCAAAGGGAAUCAUCCCGGAAGAAUGGAAAAUCGCAUUAGUAAUUUUUAUCCCUAAGUCGGAUAAUUCUGGUAUGAGACCUAUAUCCCUGCUCUCAUGCACGCUCAAACUUAUGGAGAAGAUAGUCUACUGGAGGCUGUUGUGGCUUACGGAGCAUAAAUCACUUCUACCCCAGGAGCAAAUGGGGUUCCGUCCUGGACGAUCAUGCGUGGAAAGCUUAACUACCUUUUCCAAUAACAUCCAUGCGUCAUUCAUCGGCGGUGAUGUGGUGGUAGCUGUUUUUCUGGACAUCACCGGAGCGUUUGAUAACAUUCACCCUUUGGCAGUCUUAAACGAACUGAAAGCUAUAGGCGCCCCGGCAAGCAUCAGGAAGUUCGUGGAAAACUUGAUCUCCUGCAGAACUGUUCAUUUCAUAGAGGAUGGCGUUACUAGUGACAAGAACUUCGCAUAUAAGGGCACUCCACAGGGCUCAGCACUGAGCCCGCUACUCUUUAGUUUGGCGCUAAGAAAAAUCGAUGGGUGUAUGUCCGAGGGAACGGAGUUUCUUCAAUAUGCGGACGAUAUUGUCAUAUACGCGUCUGCUACCAAUCCGGCGGACGCGCAACGAAGUCUACAACUCUCUUUGAACAAGGUUGAGGAGUUCCUGAGGGAGAGAGGCUUGGAGCUCUCGCCUGCAAAGUCCAAAUGGAUGGUCUUCUCUCAUAAAAAGCAAAAAUCAAGAGCAGUAGGCAUCCCUCUCUCUAUCUCCCACCAAGAGAUCCCUAAGGUGGAGCAGGCAAGAUUUCUGGGCGUGAUCAUGGACUGCAGGAUGAAGGGCUCAUCUCACUUCAAGUCCCUGAUUAAGAAAGGCAGAGCUAUUGUACAGAUCAUCUCAUCGCUUGCGGCUGUGUGGUGGGGGUCUCACCCCCAGUGCCUUCUUAGUAUUUACAGAGCGGUGUUCAGGGGUGCCAUAGAGUACGCCUGUCAGAUUUUCACGUGGCAUAGAAACUCCAACCUUUUUCUACAACUUGAAAGACUCCAAUACAGGGCGAUUAGAAUAGCCAUGGGAUACAGACAGUCUACGCCCAUUAAUGUCAUUUUGUGUGAAACCAAAGAGCUGCCUCUUAAACUUAGAUUCGACCUCCUGAGCGCAAACUUUGUAUUAAAAUGUAUGUCUAAAAUAAACCUUCCUGUUAUGCAUAGCCUCGAACGCUUAGAAAACGCGGCUCGUACCACUUCAUAUAAAGCAUAUGCGUUAAACAAAUCUUUGUCCUUUAGAAACUUCUGCUUUAAUAAAUGUGAAUUACCCGAAUUACACAGAUCUUUGUUUCUUCCGGCUUUUGAGCGCGACUAUUUAUCCCUUAUAUUCCGCAAGAAAUUCGGGGAAGUCAUAAUAAGAGUUAAAGGCCGUAGUAACCAAGAAAUCACUCAAGAAUUCCUCAGCAAACUACCUGACCUUAGUGCAGGAGCGCUUACUUUUUACACGGAUGGAUCUAGAAUCUCAGAGGACGGAUGCGCUGGCGCUGCGACCUUCUCCCCGGAACUGGGAGGCUGCUUUAAAUACAAACUUACUACUAGUGCCUCGGUGUUCACGGCGGAGGCAUGGGCCAUUCUACAGACCCUAGUUAUUGCAUUGGACGCAGGAUCGACGAGGGUGAUCAUUUUUUCGGAUUCACGUAGUGUACUGGAGGCUAUCAGCUCAGCCAGAAUCAUCAGUGGGAACUACAUCAUCCACAGAAUCAAGCAAACAUUACUUAAGCUGGAAUCUGAAGGAAUUGAUUGUCAGCUAUAUUGGAUUCCUGCACAUAAAGGCAUCCCAGGCAACGAGGUUGCAGACAGAGCAGCUAAAGAGGCAUGUUCAUCGGGCCCUAGAGGAUGCUUCAAAACCCCCUUCACGGACACCCAAGCGGAAGCACGCGCCAACUUUAAACGCCGAUUUAAUAACUUCCUUGAUCAAAAAGCAUUGUGUACUGGAGCACAAUAUGCAGAGCUCUUUCCGAUUAAACCCACCCCAUGGUAUCACAAAUUAGCUUUGAACAGGAGGGAGAUAGUGCUGGUCAAUAGACUGAGAUCCAAUCACUACAACCUAAAUUACAGUUUACACAGGAAAAAUAUAGUGGAUUCUCCAUCGUGCCCUUGUGGGGACCCUAGGCAGGAUGCCAACCACAUAAUAUUUUAUUGCCCUUGCACUAGAGAUAAAUUUGGUCCUUUGUGUAAGCACCUUAAGGAAUCCUUGCCGUCAUGCUCUAGUGACAUCUUUCCCAUACUCGAGCAACCAUCAUCCAAGUUAUGCCGUCUACUAUCUUCUUUUUUCAAGGCGAUAGACAUCUCGCCAUAG